AUGAAAUGUAAGCUAAAUCAAGCCAUCGAGGAAGGUCUUCAAGAGACAGCCGUAUCCGGUUUUGUACCAAAAUUGGGAAUUCCCGCUCUGCAAGAGGAUAAGGAAAUUCAGACUGAAGUUGCAAGAAAAACGUCCAAAAAGAGCUGUCAGCAACAGCAACCAGAACCAAAGAAGAAGAAACCAGUUGUGAAAAGAAAGUCAAUAAGUGAAAUGUCUGAAGUGGAAAUUCAUGUCUGUGAUGAAGCAAACAAAAUGAAAAAGGAUUUUAAAUGUUCCCAGAAUCUUCUCAUUUCCAAAAUGGAGUAUUUUGCAGAGUUGGCAAGAGGUCAGAACUUGGAGAAUAUGGACAUAACAGUUCACUGUGAUAUAGGAAUAUUUGAAUGGCUCAUGAAAUGGGUGAAGAAAAGUGCAAAUGUAGAUGGGAUACCCCUGAAAGUGGGCAGCAGAGCUGAUGACAUGUUAUUUACAGAUGCGGAAAAUGUUGUGCCUCUUGUGGUGUCCGCUGAAUUCUUUCAAAUGGCACCCUUAUUUGAGCACUGUCUGGUAUUUUUUCGCCACAACAUUACUGAAAUUUUGGAGAAAUCUACAAAACUGCACUAUCUAAAUGACAACAUAAUCUCAAGGCUGGCUGAGUUGUUUUCAAACACAGAACUGGAAGAACUGAAUGAUCCAAAGGGGAAGUUAAAGAACAAACUAUUCUGCAAAUUGAUAGCUACGUUAGCAGCACCAACUCCCGAUAUGGCUCGUGGACACUUUGCCAGCCUGGCAAAUCUGUACAAGUGUGUGAGCUGCGGCAAACUCAUGCAGUGGCACUUCUCUGAUAAGGUUCCAUGUCACCCCAAGAAUGUGCAUGUCGAUAUCUGUGGUAAAACCGAGAGCAGGCAUGUCAGGGACACAAGCUGGAGCCUCAGUGAGCAUGUGAAGCAGCUGCGGCGUGAGCUGCACUCGUGGCGGGCUGUCUACUGGCGGCUGUGGGGCGAGUGCCACUUCCUGCGGUGCUCGGCAUGCAAUAGCUCCUUCCCUGUGCACCAGGCCCGGUGGUGUCUCCACCAUCCCAAACCGCCGCAGUUCUUCCCUGCUGAGCAGCACAGUACGGCCGCCUACCCUGUCGGCCGGUACCCCUGCUGUGGAGAAAGGGCUUACCGCUUUGAAGUUGUUUCCCAUCAGUCAGGCUGUCAGUUUAAAACUCACACUCUAGAACUGGAAUCAAUAUGUGAUUCAGCUGUUCACAAUGUUUUUGUGGCACACAUGGAGCAAAUUGCUGUUGAACCUCCACAGCUAAUGUUUCCAGAAAGGAUAACAUAUUUUAUCAGCCCAAAUGAUUGCAGUGACCCUAGUCACAGUGGUAACAGGAAAGAAUACUGGUGGGAGGGUCUUGAACUGGCCCCUGCACAACCAGCUCCAUCCAAUUUCCUGUCAAAGUCAUGGGUUGCUGAGCUGCUCAUAAAGGAUGCAGGUAAUGAUCAUCUGCGGUUGGGUCCAGAGGUUGACAGUGAUGAAGAUCAGAGCCGCCUGCCAAGGCAUUUGCAGCACAGGGUUGUCCCUUCUGGUCAAGUAGUAAACAAGACUCCAACUGGGUAA